AUGAUUAUGGCAAGCGUCACGGACGCCGCGUUGCGGGGCGGUAUAUUGUAUUAUUAGUCACAACUCCGAGCAACAAGUGAUACGUCGUCUUUCUUCGUCUCAUUUAUUCCGCCAUUUUCCCUUGUGUUAUGUGGACUGAAAACGACGAUAAAAUAGAGGAACGUGUGCGCAAUGGAUUGGGUGCUGUCAACUCCGUGGCCAAUUAUGAUGACCGGAUCGCUCCGGUGCCAAGUGCAGCCGCUGCGACACCAUCCAUUUCCAAUUUGAACGUGAAUAAUUCAAAAAAAGUGCACAUUGGUCCCAAAUUUGUAUCUGUCACGCAGAAUGUACAAAAUCAAGAGUUAGUCAAAGGCCGCUUUCUAGGCCUUGAGUUGGUCUCGCCAAAUAACGUACGUACACUACGCUGCAGUGUGGCUGUCUUCGUUUGCUGGGCAUUUCUCGUAGCAUCUGGCCUGGCAAUCUACCUCAUAUACAUGUCCCUCGUCAAACAUCAAUCACGACUAGACAUAGGUCUGAUGGAGUCCUGGUAUCUUCGGAGGGAAGACUGGCAAGCGAUGCCUUCUUACAAGCUCCCCUUUCAUAAAUAUCUCUGGGACAUCGUGAAGAACAGUUCUCGUACAGAACGAUUGUCUUGCGCAGUAGCUGUCAUGGUUCUUAUCACAUGUAUAGCUCUCAUUGUCUACUUCACAGGCAUGUCAGCGAAUACAUCCGAAUCGCCUAUAGACAAAGCACCACAUGAAUGGCGCAUCACUCGAGAGAUGUGGCUGGCCCGGCCGUACAACUACACGAACACGUUAGACGCCUUCGAGCCAUUGAUGUUGGUCAUCUUUCAGCAUACAGUCAGCCCCCAAUGCAGUGUGUUUAAGAACUGCGCCGCUGAAUUACGCAAUUUGCAAGGCUAUUUUAUAAGUCAUUACGACUAUGAUAUACCAUACAACUUCCUGGUCGGAAAUGAUGGUCGCGUCUAUGAAGGUCGAGGAUGGAACAUCGAAGGAGCCCAUACGUUUGGCUAUAACCGAUGCUCCAUUGGAAUCGGAUUCAUAGGUGACUAUCGCGGGGAAAUUGAGAGUCACUCCUCAGUGACUGAAACUCAGUUAAAUAGAACGAGAAUGCUUCUAGAAGAGGGUGUGAGACUUGGCCAUUUGAGAAAAGACUUCUUGGUCAUCGGUGCCAAGGAUUUGGGACCCACGGCGAGUCCAGGGUCCAUUUUAAAUAAUGCCCUAAAACAGUGGCCGAAUUAUGACCACAAAAAUCGCUUUUACAAACUAAAUUGCGAAAAAAUGGAAGAAAAGUUUGGUAAUACUACGUUAUACUAGUAAUUAUAAAGAUGCAUGUAAGCAGUAUAUCUGUUAAAUCUUAUAUAUUUUUGGAAAUAUAUUAAGGUGUAAAUAAUUGUAUGCAAUUUUGUACUUUUUUAAUAAAUAAAAAAUGUGUUGAAAAAAGAGUAAAAUAAAAAGAUUUGUAAAUGUUUUAAUCACAUUGUUUAUUAGUUUAUAUAUAUUAUAUUUAGUGUACUUUGUUGCAUGUUUGAGAGCUAAUAUUCGACAACAUCAUACUGCGUUCUGAAAGAGUUUAUAUCACACAGUAC